GGUUUUGAGAAGGAGGUGAGGAGAGAGGACGCGAGAGGCACUUGAGAUUCUCCCCUGGAUGCUUUCUACUCAAAUCCUUUAUACACAGAGUUGCGUUUACACAGCACAGAGCACACACGCUUCUCUGUGUCAGCCAAGGCAGCGUCGUGUCUUUGCGCUAAAGGAGGGCCUCAGACAGGAUCAUAGACAUUGAAUAGAAAAACUACGCAAGGAGAGACACAGACAACAAGAGAAAAGCUGUGACCCCACAGGAGCGAGCAAUGUCAAGUUUAAAGAAAAGAAGUUCGAAUUCGUCAGUCGACCGGGAUGUGGAAGACAAGGAGGUUACGGAGAAUAUGCUCUCUCCGGCCGGAGGGGAGAAUGGAAACUCGAGGCGAACAGGUAGCGCACCGGGAAGCCCGGACAAGGUUUCCGUACCCGGGGAAGAUAAGGUUGUCCUAGAGAGAACUAUUACCCUGGUGAACGGCGUAGCUAUCAUUGUGGGUACCAUUAUCGGCUCCGGUAUCUUUGUGACCCCGACUGGAGUGGUAAAGGAAGCCGGGUCAGUCGGACUGUCCCUUGUGGUUUGGGCAGUGUGUGGAGUGUUCUCAACCAUAGGUGCCCUGUGCUAUGCUGAGCUGGGCACCACUAUUUCCAAAUCAGGUGGAGACUAUGCUUACAUACUUGAAGUGUAUGGUUCCCUGCCGGCUUUCCUGAAAUUGUGGAUCGAGUUGCUCAUCAUCCGGCCAUCAUCGCAGUACAUUGUCGCUUACGUCUUCGCUACCUACCUCCUCAAGCCAAUUUUCCCUGACUGCCCAGUGCCCGAGAAUGGGGCGAAGCUGAUAGCCUGUCUUUGCAUCUUACUGUUGACUGCUAUAAACUGCUACAGUGUGAAGGCAGCCACGCGGGUCCAGGAUGCCUUCGCAGCUGCCAAGCUCCUUGCCUUGGGCCUCAUCAUCAUUGUGGGCUUUGUGGAGAUUGGCAAAGGUGACACAGUCAACCUCCUACCAGAAAAUUCUUUCAAGAAUUCAAAUUACGACUUUGGGAACAUUGGUCUAGCCCUGUACAGUGGUCUGUUUGCCUAUGGAGGGUGGAAUUACUUGAACUUUGUUACAGAAGAAAUGAUUGAACCUUACAAGAACCUGCCUCGUGCAAUCAUCAUAUCCCUUCCCAUCGUCACUGUUGUCUACGUACUAACGAACCUGGCCUACUUCACUACUCUGAGCCCAGAUGAGAUGCUCAGCUCUGAGGCUGUGGCUGUGGACUUUGGAAACUACCACCUGGGCCCCAUGGCUUGGAUCAUCCCUGUGUUUGUGGGACUGUCCUGUUUCGGCUCCGUCAAUGGCUCUCUCUUUACAUCAUCCAGGUUGUUCUUUGUGGGCUCAAGAGAAGGCCACCUACCCAGUCUGCUGUCCAUGAUCCACCCCAACUUGCUGACCCCUCUGCCCUCACUCAUCUUCACAUGCCUGAUGACGCUGCUGUACGCCUUCUCCAACGACAUCUUCUCCGUCAUCAACUUCUUCAGUUUCUUCAACUGGCUCUGUAUUGCCAUGGCGAUCAUCGGCAUGAUGUGGCUGCGCUACAAGAAACCUGAGCUGGAACGACCAAUCAAGGUGAAUAUCCUUCUGCCGAUCAGCUUCGUCCUGGCUUGUAUGUUCCUUAUUGUGGUGUCCAUCUGGAAAACCCCUGUGGAGUGUGCCAUCGGCUUUGGCAUCAUUGCCACGGGAAUCCCAGUCUACUUCAUUGGUGUUUGGUGGCAAAACAAGCCCAAAUGGCUCCUUCAAUUAAUAUUCUCUUCCACGGCGCUGUGCCAGAAGAUGAUGGAGGUGGUACCACAGGAGUCCUAAAGAGGAGAUAAAGCGACGAAGCCCCUCGACACGGAAAACCCAGUGAUCGCUCAUCUACCCUGCACCCCUACCCCUGAACCCAGUGAUCGCUCAUCUACCCUGCACCCCUACCCCUGAACCCAGUGAUCGCUCAUCUACCCUGCACCCCUACCCCUGAACCCAGUGAUCGCUCAUCUACCCUGCACCCCUACCCCUGAACCCAGUGAUCGCUCAUCUACCCUGCACCCCUACCCCUGAACCCAGUGUACCCCUUAACUCAUCCCCUAUUAAUGUGUUCUUCAAGCACUCUCCAAUCAUUCCCCCUGAUCUCCUAGUGUUGUAGUGAAGGAGAGACAUGCUGCAGACUGGUGUACCCGUCAGAGCCCCUCUUUCAUUCCUCCGUACCAGGCAGGGACCACGGCCAACUCCACCCUGCCCAUAGGCUGUUUGAAGUGCUGGGAUAUCUUCAGACAGGUUUUCACUGUAAAGUAUCAGUUUUAAAGGGCCAGUGCAGUCAAAAACAUGGUUUUCCUGUGUUUUAGAUUUCCAUACUACGAGGUUGGAAUAAUACUGUGAAAUUGUGAAAAUGAUCAUAAUGCCCAUUUCGUGUAAGAGCUAUUUGAAAAGACUACCUGAAAUGUCUGCCUGUUUUGGUGGGAUGGAGCUUUGGCCUGCCUGGUAAAUUAGUUACUAGUCCAAUAAGAGAGUUCCAAACCUCUCUGCCAAUAACAGCUAGUUUUCAGUAUUCCCCUCCCCACUCAGACCACUCCCAGUCAGUCCUAGCAAAAUUCUUGUUUGAGAAAUUGUAUUUUGCUAAGAAGCCAUUUUUGUUUCUUUUUUCCAAUUUUGAUUGAAAACAAUCACAGUAAACUUAAUUGUUACCCAGAAAUAUAAUAUAAAAACGGCUGCAUUGGACCUGUAAAGAUUUUGUUGAUUUGUAUUUUUGAAUAUCUUUGUACUCUUAUCCAACCAUGACCCACAAAUGUUGUUUUUAUAAGGAUGAUGUUACUUUUAUUUUUCAUAUUUGAGUUGCAGAGAAAUGUCCUCUGGUUUAAACUAUUAUUUCACUGAGGGUUUGGCAUCCGUGUGUUCAUGUUGCAAUCUGUGCUUUCAUGCAGUUGUGAUGGACAUUUGUGACCUGGCUUUUUGCCAAUUCCUUGUAGGCCAAAGCUAGAACUUUUGUUCAGAUUUUCAUGGUAGACUCACUGUUUCUCAGUAAUUCUGCCAUUACCCAGUCAGGGAGUCAACUGCUUCCCAGUAGGGCAUCAUCUCUGUCUGUUACCAUGGCUUCUAUUUCAGCACCUUACAGGGGGGGAGUAUUAAUGUAUUUGUAAAGAAUAGCCAAACAUGAAGGACCCACAAAUAACCUUUGCUUAUACUAGUGCCUCUGAUGAAGCCAAGGCUAUUCAGUUCCCCAACUACAGACACAGUAGAACUCAUCUAACCCCAGAGAAGCUGAAGACCGAAGUAGACAGGUAAAUGCACAUGUAACAGUGAUUGGAGCGUCCGUGGUAUACUUCUUACGUGAUAGAACUUACCCUCCCCUCGGCAUCUAUGGCAGACCAGACUGGUUCACUGUGCCUAGACUGUACAUGUUGGAAAUCCCUGCUUUGGCAGUUAUUUUUGACAUUCUUUGUAGAUAUGAAUUUCUACUUGAAUUAGUUUAUUUUUAUAGGUAGAUGCAGUGGAGCUUUUUUUUAAUGCUGUCAAUUAACUAUUUUGUAAAUCCAAGGAAUUCGUAGAUUCCUAUGAGAUUUCUGGUUCACAAUUAUACCAUGCCGGGGACAUUUUAAUUAUAGUUAUUAUUACAACUAUUUAUCGUAUACAUGUUGCUUGUGUCCUGUGAAGGUCUAUUACUCAAUCACCAGUAGCCUUCUUACUGUACUAUGUAUCACUUCAGUGGACCCACAGUAUCACAUUAAUAUAAUAUAGCUGGUUGCAAACCUUACACAUACAACAUCAUGGUUUUUUAAUACUGGCGUAAACACAAGCUUGUGAACAUAAUAGUUGCCUGCUUGAGGACUUGAUUUGUUCUUAGAUCACAGUGAGAUUGUGGGUAUCAGAUGCACAUAGGUAUUGUUGCUAUAAUACUACUGUUACGUUAAAGGGUUUUUAUAACAGAGCAGGUCGUAACAAAGGCCCCCAAUAGGAGCACUGACGUCACAGUGACUAUUUUUACCUACGACGACAAGGCUGGCUAAUAACCUUAGAUAUUGGGUUAGAAUGGGCCAUUGUGCCUGUGUGUGAGUGUGUAUGUGUCUAAGAAUAGGGUCAUAGCUGUAAAGAUUAUUUCAUUGUUUUAGUGUUUAUGUGUUUAUGUGUGUCUUGGUAUCCUACAUUAGAAAAGGUCUACUGUAUGUUGUCACUACUGUCAGCCACCAACUUCAUAGAAGGAUUUCAUUAUUUUAGGGUGAUAAUGAGAUUUGGGUGGUAAAUGUUUGAUGAGGUAUGGACCAUGGUAGUGGGAGAUCGGUGGUUGCCCAGUCAAAAGGGGGGAGGCAGAGGUUAAAACCACAUAGUCUUUGGAUACAGAUGCCUCAGAGGGUGGGACAGUGGAGACAGGACAGGAGGUGGAAAGGGGGUUGGGAAGGUUGACAAGAUUAUUAAUUCAUUGUUAUUCUUAUUUUUGCUGAAAGAAACUAGUGUACUGUAUUAACUGAACUCGUCAUCCUGAAGCUUGUCCAGACCCGUUGUAUCGUUACCGUGGUAAAGUGUAUGAUGUGUUGUGCUAUAGACCACGUGGUCGCGGUGGUAACCGUAUAGCUCAUGAGUCUGGUCUCCCAUCAGUUUCUCGGAGGAUGUGUCAUUGUAUGUAGAACCGCAGUAUAGCAAGCUAACGCUCCAGCCAUCAGAAGUAAUUUAAAUAGUACUGUAGAAGGUUUGUUUAGUUAUUGUAGGAACUGUUCGCCCUUACAUUUUUUGUCCUCUAAUUUUUUACAGGGCAUUUGUGAAAGUGCUUUAUGAAUAAAUCGUAUGUUUUUUUCCA